AUGUCGGACCUACAGAUAGCCUCGAUCCAGUUUGAGAAUGCAUCAGGCGACAAAGACUUCAACUUAGCUGCCAUCCGGCGGCUGACAGCCCAGGCAGCCCAGCAGGGCUGCAGAGUGGUCGCCUUCCACGAGUGCUCCGUCACUGGUUACACUUUCGCCAGCCGACUUUCCAGAGACGAACUCUUGCAGGUUGCUGAACCCGUACCAAGAGGUCCGAGUGUCCAGUCCUUGAUACAGAUUGCCCGGGAGAACAAUGUCGCCCUGCUUGCCGGCUUGUUCGAGCGCGACGAGGACGACAAUAUCUACAACACGUAUGUUUGCGUCGAGGGGACUCGAGGUCUCGUGGCCAAGUUUCGCAAGCUGCAUCCGUUCAUCAACGCCCACCUAUCUCCUGGCAACGAGUAUGUCGUCUUUGAUGUGUUCGGCUGGAAGUGCGGCAUCCUGAUCUGCUACGACAACAAUGUGGUGGAGAAUGUACGAGCCACAACCCUCCUCGGCGCCGAGAUCCUCUUCGCACCGCACGUCACCAUGUGCACGCCUUCGACGCGGCCAGGCGCCGGAUUCGUCGACCCGUCUCUGUGGCACAACAGGGCGAGGGACCCGACAACGCUGAGGGCCGAGUUUAAUUGCCUGAAAGGCCGCGGGUGGUUGGUCAAGUGGCUCCCAGCCAGGGCCUAUGAUAAUGCCAUCUACGUCGUCUUCAGCAACCCCAUCGGUAUGGAUGACGAUCAGCUCAAGAACGGGUGCUCGAUGGUUCUCGACCCGUUUGGCGAUAUCAUUGCCGAGUGCUGCAACCUCGGCGAGGACAUGGCAGUGGCUUUGUGCACAAGGGACAAACUGGAACUCGCCGGGGGGUGGCGGUACCGCACAGCACGGAGGCCGGAGCUCUACCGGGACAUUAUUGGACAGACCCAUGCUUCGGAACUAAAUGUAGCAUGGAUGAAGAAGUGUGAAGGCGACAAUGUCACCGGCGAGGGCUCGUAG